UUAGUGAAGAAGAUAUUGAUUAAAGUAAGAAGAAUGAGACUUGAAACAGAAAAAUAGCCAAAACUAGUUGAGUAGUUAGAGAGCAGGUGGAGAAACCCAAUCCAUGGAACCGGUAGCCAUGGCUGUUAAUAGUAGUGGAGCAGUUGAAGAAGAAGAAGAACCCUAUGAACAAGAUACUAACAAUACCUCUGGGCUUUUACAUAAGAAGAAAUCGAGCUUCGCUCCUACUCUGCGAAGAAAAACCCCCAAAAUCCUAUAUCCGCCAUGACCUCACCCAAUUCGACUAUGAAUUCCUCUUCCGCCGCUACCACGCCGCGCGACAAGAACUCUAAGCAGCCGUGGCGGCCGGCGUUCGCGACGAGCUGUUGCUCCGCCGAGGACAAAACGAUGUUCAGCAAGCUCAGCCUGUGCCGAAAUUCGAAAUCGACGGAGCUUUCGUCGAAGAAUAUCGGUCCGAUUCCUUCGUUCCGGAGAUUUUCGUUCUCGGAUUUGAGCCGGUCGUCUUCGACGCGUAUUAACGAAGACUUGGCGCAGAAUUUCGGGGCCGAGUUGUAUGAUUUUCAACUGAGUGAAUUGCGCGCCGUAACUCAGAACUUUUCGAGCAAUUACUUGUUGGGAGAAGGAGGGUUUGGGACUGUGCAUAAGGGUUAUGUGGAUGAGAAUCUGAGGCAGGGCUUGAAGCCUCAGCCUGUGGCCGUUAAGCUUCUCGACAUUGAAGGUCUCCAAGGUCACCGGGAAUGGCUUGCAGAAGUGAUAUUUCUGGGGCAACUGAGGCACAUAAAUUUAGUGAAGUUGAUUGGAUAUUGUUGUGAAGAUGAAGAAAGGUUACUGGUUUAUGAAUUUAUGCCCCGUGGAAGCUUAGAGAAUCACUUGUUCAAAAGACUGUCAGUGUCAUUACCAUGGGGAACAAGGUUAAGAAUUGCAAUUGGAGCAGCCAAAGGUCUUGCUUUCUUGCAUGGAGCUGAAAAUCCUGUCAUAUAUCGCGAUUUCAAAACUUCAAAUGUCUUACUAGACUCUGAUUUCACAGCCAAAUUAUCAGAUUUUGGACUUGCAAAGAUGGGACCAGAAGGAUCAGAAACUCAUGUCACUACAAGAGUCAUGGGCACCUAUGGAUACGCUGCACCCGAGUACGUCUCAACAGGGCAUUUGACAACCAAAAGUGACAUAUAUAGCUUUGGAGUGGUGCUGCUAGAGCUACUAACAGGGCGAAGAGCAAUGGAAAAAUCAAGGCCAAAAGGAGAGCAAAACCUUGUGGAUUGGGUAAAACCAUACUUGACUAGUGCAAGGAGGUUGCGUUAUGUUAUGGACCCAAGACUUCAAGGCCAAUAUUCUGUGAAGGGAGCAAAGGAAAUGGCCUUAUUGGCAUUGCAUUGCAUUAGUUUGAACCCAAAAGACAGACCUAAGAUGCCAACCAUUAUUGAAACUCUUGAAAGUCUUCAACAUCUCAAGGACAUGGCUGUCACUUGUGGCCAAUGGCCGGUGUCGGUGUCGCCCUCCAAGUCCGCCAGAACUGGAGUCUCUACAAAAGUUAAGAUGGAGUUUAGAGGUGGGAAUUUCAGGAAAUCGUCUCCAAUUUUUAAUCCAACACAGAAAACAUGAGCAUAAAGCUUUUUCUUCAGUCUUGACCAGUCAAAACUGUCGCAAUUGUAAGAUAGUAGUAGUAAGUAUUUUGUAAGUGGCGAGUUUGAGGCAGCCGGUGACUUGUAAUGUAUUUUAAGUUACCAUGUAUAUAGUAUAUAUGCACGUACUUACAUACAUGAAACCUCUAUUUUUGUGUUUAAAAUAAAAUGUUAUCAUGCAAAUUAAUGGAAGUUUGAACGAGCCUCAAGUAAAA